AACUGUUGCCGGGGAGUCCAGCUCUGAGCCUGCUGGCCCAGACACAUCUCUCAGGCCUGUCCUGGCCAUAAUAGAGGACGAGAGGCAGACCAUGACCGAGGGUCAAUACAAAUGUCUUGAGCUGUUCAGCCGAGACCAGCAGCACAACAUCACAGGUGUGUUCUGUAGUCGUAUGUGGGAUGGCUUGUUAUGUUGGGACGAGACUCCGGUGGGGACCUACGCCACACAGAACUGCCCAGACUACCCCGGCCUGGACACCACUGGAAAAGUGUCAAAAUAUUGUGAUGAAUCUGGUAAUUGGGUCCAAAGUCCCUUCAUUAAUAAGACCUGGUCCAAAUGUCUGACGUUCUCCAAGGAAAAGUUAAAGAAGGUGACUCCCCAUGGUCUGCUAGAGCCAGGGUCUGUGGAGCCCACUGUGGAGACUCCAAACAGCCAGAAGGUGACUCCUCAUGGUCUGCUAGAGCCCACUGUGGAGACUCCAGUCAGCCCCAGGGUCAGUCAGGAGGAGGAGGAGAGGAAGAAGAUCAUCGACGGUCAAUACAAAUGCUUUGAGAAGAUGAACAGAGAUCAGCCGUAUAACAAAUCAGGGCUGUACUGUAACCGGACCUGGGAUGGCUGGCUGUGCUGGGAUGAUACACCUGCUGGAACAGUCACCUGGCAGAACUGCCCCAACUAUUUCCCUGACUUCGACUCCACAGAAAAAGCUACAAAGAUCUGUAGCGAAUCAGGACAGUGGUUCCGCCACCCAGACACCAAUAGGACGUGGUCCAACUACACCCUGUGUAACUUCCACACUACAGGCAAGCUGAAGAUGGCCUAUAUCCUGUACUACAUGGCGAUUGUGGGUCAUGCCUUAUCCAUAGCCUCCCUCCUGAUCUCUCUGGCCAUAUUCUUCUACUUCAGGAACCUGAGCUGCCAAAGGAUCACGCUUCAUAAGAACCUCUUUGUUUCCUAUGUCCUCAACUCCGCCCUAACUCUCAUCUACCUCAUAGCAGUGGUCAACAACCCAGAUGUAGUGGGAAGAAAUCCAGUUGGCUGUAAGGUGUUGCACUUCUUCCACAUGUACAUGCUGGGCUGUAACUACUUCUGGAUGCUGUGUGAGGGGAUCUAUCUGCACACGCUCAUUGUGGUGGCUGUGUUCGCCGAGGAGCAGCAUCUACACUGGUACUACCUCCUAGGCUGGGGGUUUCCCCUAGUGCCUGCAUCCAUUCACGCUGUGGCGAGGAAGAAGUAUUUUGAUGACAACUGCUGGAUGAGUGUUGAGACCCACCUGCUCUACGUGGUCCACGGUCCCAUCAUGGCAGCGCUGCUCGUAAAUCUGUUCUUCUUGUUAAACAUCGUGAGGGUGCUGGUUACUAAGCUGAGGGACACCCACCGGGCAGAGUCUAACAUGUACAUGAAGGCAGUGAGAGCUACCCUGAUCCUGGUCCCUCUCCUGGGCAUCCAGUUUGUCAUCUUCCCCUGGAGGCCAGAGAACCGCCUGGCGGGGGAGGUCUACGACUACAUCAUGCAUAUAUUAAUGCAUUACCAGGGGUUACUAGUGGCAACGAUAUUUUGCUUUUUCAAUGGCGAGGUGCAGGCGGCUCUGAAGCGACAAUGGAUUCAGUACAAGGCCCAGUGGGGUCAGAGACGGAGGGACCACUGCUCCAUGCGCUCUACCUCCUACACCGCCACAUCAAUCACUGAGGUGCCCGCCUUCAUGUACCACCACGACUGCAACAGCGAACACUUAAACGGCAGACACACUUCUGAGGACUCUGAGCUGGUGGCUCUUAAGACAGGGGAGACGUACGCCUGAAAAGCGGGAGGCAGUCUGAGUGUCGGAGGAGAGAAGAAUUAGUAGAGGAACCAAGAUGGAAACAUUUCUCUAAUAUCCCGCCGCAGUUCCACAUUUCAUAGAUAGAACUGGUGGGUUCAUCCCCAGACUGUGAAGGAGAAGACCAUGUGUGUCUGGACAGUGAUAUCUCUCCCAUGAAUUGGCCAAUGAUGGCUGAUGCUUCAUUUACAUGACAAUGCUGCUGCUAUGGCUGCUUAUUAAAAACACUAAGAUAUACAGUACAUGAAACGGGAGCCGCGUUUGAAAUGUGGCGCGUCCUAAAGCUGCUAUCUGUGGGACUCUUAACACAUCAUGGGAAUGUUAAGGAUGAUUAUAAUGAUGAUGAAGAAGAUGAUAAUUAGAAUAACUAUGAUGAUUAUUAGAAUGAUGUUGAAGAUGAUGAUGAUAAUGAUGAAACUAUUGUUGCUUUGCCUAUACCAAAGGCUGUGUGGGGUGGGCUGCCAGUAUGAGAGGCAUGCUCUGUGUGAACUGAAUCCAACACUGAAGAGUUCCCCUGAAGGUCACAUACUGACGGACAGCACAGUGCAUGUGUGUGUGUGUGUGUGUCCAUGGCGACACAAGAGGUCAAUGGUUUAAAAGGCUCCCUGUGCCUAAGUUCUGGAAUCCUGUAAAUAAUGGUUCACCACUUUCACUUUAAAAGUGUCAAAGUGUGUUUUAGAGGAUUUUAUUUUUAUGACAAUUUUUUUUUCUUUCUUGCCAACAACUUGCUCUUUAAAUACUUUCUGUCUGUUUCGUGAAGCUAGCGAGCUCCUCCAGACUGCUUACAGCUGCUGACUGUGCUUGCGGUGUGUGUUUCUGUCACAAGGCCUGUAUUUAAAGAGUGCAGAAGAUACAGAAUGUCUUGAUAUGGGCUCAAGAGAGAAAGAAUAAAAAGGAUUGGUUAACUUAGACUAAAAAUAAAAACAGACUGAAUCGCAUAGGUAAUGUGUUUAUCAGACACAUUUCUGAGUACCACCUGGCUCUUGAGAAUAUUUUCUGUGAAGUCUGUUUGACGUGUCCAUUUGCCAAAAGGUCUAAUGUGAAGCUUCUAGGAUUCCACAAUAAGCGUUAUUUUAUGUUUUGUGCUUAAAUGAAAGCCAUUUCAAUAUGGUGAAAUUAUUUUCUCUAUGUCAUUUCAGUUAUGAAUAGAGAGGGAGGAGAGAAGAAAAAACGAUAUGGUUACCUGCAAAAAUAAUCAUAUAAACAAUAACAAUAUACCAUUUUUAAAAGAAAAGUCUUGACAAUCUAGGCCUAUUCAAGGUAAAACCCCUCGUUUCCCCAGGCAAUUAUCUAUAUCGAAACCAUAAUUACCUAGAAAUAGCAUCCCUCUAGUGUACAGAAUCUAUCAAAUGUUAAGAAAAUCAUUCUAAUUGAGGGCUAUUUGAAAGAUUCUGUUUUCAUUUCUCUUGUGUGAAUACUACUAGUAUUUUCUUUCAUUGUUUAUUAUCACACACCUACUAUAUUAUGUCCUUAGAUUAUUAUGCCCUUAGAUCCUAAAUGAAAUCUCUACCUAUUCUCAAAUGUAUUCCUUUGUAUGUUGCGCAACCUUAACAGAUUCCUAUAUUAGACACAUGGAAAACCUAUCUACACCAUUGAAAUGCUGUUUUGUAUUGAGUUAAGAUGUGUGUGAGUGUUCGUGUGUGCGCGAGCGUGUGUGUGUGUGUGUGUUCAUGUUUAUCAAUGUGUAAAUGGAGCUAGUGAUGCAUGAGCCUUGGGGCCUUCUGAUGUUUAAAUUAUUCCCAUUCACAUUAAUGGUGUUUAAAGAUAGACAUCUGUUAUGAUUUAUCUCCAGGGGACUUUCAGAAACUAAGAACAGCUCUGAUCUGGAUAUAGAGGACACUUAGGAAAAAAAUAGUUCCAUUAAGGGUUCUUCUGCUGUCCCCAUAGAACCCUUUUUGGUUCCAUGUAGAGACCUUUGUAGAAGGUCGGCCUAUGUAGAACCCUCAGGAGAAAGGUAUAACCCAAAAGGGUUAUACCUGGAACCAAAAGGUUUUUUUCAACAGGUUCACUUAUGGGGACAGCCAAAGAACCCUUUUAGGUUCUAGAUAGCACUUUAAUUUCUAAGAGUAUAGCACUAUGCUAGAUAGAUACCAAGACUUUAGUAGGGUACCGAGGACAGUCGAGGGGACUCAUUUAUAACACGUUUUUUUUAACCUAUAUUUAAUCCUAAAUAGUGCAUACAAUGAAAUUCACAGCAACAAUGUGAUUUAUACAUCUCAAACAAUUUAUACAUGAGGCCUCAGGUGCCCAGACCCAUAGCAGACUAGUCUGGAUUUGAAUGCCGAAAACACAUCUUCCUUUGGGGACAAUUAAGCUUAUCUUACCUUAGACCAUGUCAAACUUAUUGUGCCAAUCUAAUUUAUUUUACAGCUUCAAUUCCUAUUAGGCCAAGAUCAAAGAAAUCUUUACACUUAUGCCAAUGUUUAUACUGAAUCCAAUGUCUUUGCUGUUGUUGGGCCAUUAUGGAAGAGAUGGAGAAAAUCAGUUUGAAAUGGGAGAAGGCCAUUAGAUGAGGUCUCAAUAGGCUCUAUUCAAUCUGGAUUGAGGAAGUUCGGCGUUACAGAGCGAUUGAAAUGUAAAGGAAAUGUUUCCUCAAUCGGAAAUUACCUUUACAUUUCUAGCGCGCAUUCUGUAAGGCUUCAGCGAUCCAGAUUAAAUAGAGCCCUAAGAGCUCAUUCUGUAAGGCUUCAGCGAUCCAGAUUAAAUAGAGCCCUAAGAGCUCAUUCUGUAAGGCUUCAGCGAUCCAGAUUAAAUAGAGCCCUAAGAGCUCAUUCUGUAAGGCUUCAGCGAUCCAGAUUAAAUAGAGCCCUAAGAGCUCAUUCUGUAAGGCAUCAGCGAUCCAGAUUAAAUAGAGCCCUAAGAGCUCAUUCUGUAAGGCUUCAGCGAUCCAGAUUAAAUAGAGCCCUAAGAGCUCAUUCUGUAAGGCUUCAGCGAUCCAGAUUAAAUAGAGCCCUAAGAGCUCAUUCUGUAAGGUUUCAGCGAUCCAGAUUAAAUAGAGCCCUAAGAGCUCAUUCUGUAAGGCUUCAGCGAUCCAGAUUAAAUAGAGCCCUAAGAGCUCAUUCUGUAAGGCUUCAGCGAUCCAGAUUAAAUAGAGCCCUAAGAGCUCAUUCUGUAAGGCUUCAGCGAUCCAGAUUAAAUAGAGCCCUAAGAGCUCAUUCUGUAAGGCUUCAGCGAUCCAGAUUAAAUAGAGCCCUAAGAGCUCAUUCUGUAAGGCUUCAGCGAUCCAGAUUAAAUAGAGCCCUAAGAGCUCAUUCUGUAAGGCAUCAGCGAUCCAGAUUAAAUAGAGCCCUAAGAGCUCAUUCUGUAAGGCUUCAGCGAUCCAGAUUAAAUAGAGCCCUAAGAGCUCAUUCUGUAAGGCUUCAGCGAUCCAGAUUAAAUAGAGCCCUAAGAGCUCAUUCUGUAAGGUUUCAGCGAUCCAGAUUAAAUAGAGCCCUAAGAGCUCAUUCUGUAAGGCUUCAGCGAUCCAGAUUAAAUAGAGCCCUAAGAGCUCAUUCUGUAAGGCUUCAGCGAUCCAGAUUAAAUAGAGCCCUAAGAGCUCAUUCUGUAAGGCUUCAGCGAUCCAGAUUAAAUAGAGCCCUAAGAGCUCAUUCUGUAAAUCAGAGAAGGUGUUAACCACUGUGAAGUCUUAUAGAUGAUUUAGAAAGGUUUUGAUCCAUCCAUAUUAUAAGGUUGAUUUGUUCUGGAUAUGAACACAAUGUUCAAAGUUGUUUUUUUCUUCAUUUGGAGGAUGAUGAAUAUUUCUGUAUAUUUAGUAUGUUCAUGGCUAUGUUGUCCAGUGCCCAUGUCAACAUGACCGCAAAGUUUGUGUGUGUAAUAGAUGUGAAAUGUUUUAACCACUGUUUUUGGUUCUUUUGUUUUGCUUGUGUUUGGCUCUCGACCUCUAAGCUCUUUGUGUGGCGUUACUUCAAACAAGAGAAAAACUGUUUUUUUAAUGCACAAAUCGACCAGCUUUUUGUUUGAAAGCUAUUGCAAUCAGAAAUAUAUUGGAAAAGAUUC